ACAGCCGCGGCGGCAGAAUCCCAGCUGUUUGGAAUUGAAUCGCCGGCGCCAACUACUGACUCCGAGAGAACGUCACCCGUGGACGCAGGAAGUUGAGCGGAGCUCAUCGGGCUCCUUUGCGUCAAUCGUGCAUUUUGUCGACCGAUUUUUCCCGGAUGGAACAUGAGUCCGCUCCCCCGACAAUAUCAUGAGCGGGGCAUCUUCUGAGGAACGCGACGAUGAUUUCUUGGAGGACCUAGCGGUCGCGGACGUUUAUAGACAUAGCCAAGAUGCAGCAGCCUGCGCCUUGAAACCAACCUCCCUCCUAUCCCGAUUCCCUGGCCUCAUUCCCCUGAAGAGCGAUUUGAGCUUGUACCGUGGAUCCGUGAAAUGCGGCGCUCGCGAUGUGGAGUUGGAGUUACGGUGUGAUGCCGACGGAAUCAAACUGCAAACAGAAGACGUACAGCUAUCGACCCUGCAAAAGAGGCUUGAAACUCAGAACCCGGAGUUUUUCGCAAAGAUCCGCUCAAUCAAGGAUCCGAAUCGCUUCCUCCAUGAAUUCUUAAGCGCCGCAGAAACACUCCGAGACCACGAUGGAAAUCAGAAGGAGUAUCAACCGCUGAACGCUCUGACGUAUCGAUCUGUCUUCGAGAAGCUGCAGAAAAUCGGCAGGGAAUACUUCUGCGGAAUCGACAAAGACUUGGUGACUUUGCGGGUGGGCGAUCUCGAGAUGACCUACAGCUUAUCUGCGGAAGCCAUCAAGUCGGCUACCGUCCCUCAAUCGCUCCUCAAAGAGCUCUCCUCCAGGAAGUGUGACCUCCUCGAUGCGUUCAACUCUUUCAGGACGAAAGCCGAGCAACUCCGCAAGUUCUAUGAGUCUCUCGAAUCGCUGGACCAAUCUACCUGGGUCAUCGAUCCCUCUGAUUUGAGACAAGCGUAUCGUCGAGUCGCUCUGGAAAAAUCCUCAAUACUUCAGAUCACGUUCCUCGAUCCGCUGCAGACAGGAGAGCCCCCGAUCUUGGAGUUCUUCGGAUGCCGGAGCUCCUUCCAGGAUUUCGCGAGUCUCUUCAAAGACCGCAAAUGGAGCCGCAAGUGGAAUCCAGUGGUCGACGUUCUGGAAAAUCUAAGGAUAGCUUUCGGGGAAACUAUCAAGUUUUUGCCGAAAGAGGAGACAGCCGAAUGCUCGAUUGCAUGCGCGAUAUGCUACGCAUACCUGCUCGGCGAUCAAACACCAAAGGUGUUCUGCGAGAACUCGCAAUGUCACCGGCCUUAUCACGAGGAGUGCUUCAGGAUUUGGGCUCUGGAACAGGAAGCUGAGCACGGGCUGCGGAGGGCUGUUUUGACUGCACCUUGCGUCUACUGUGAAAAACAAAUCUUGCUCACGGCCGCUCAGUGA